CGCUAUAAAUGUCCGCGCUUCUCCUUCCUCGACGCUUCCUCAUCCAGACCUCUCGUCUACCCACCGCAACACACAUCACCUCUUCCGCUUCUUUGUCGCUACCCCGCAUUCGAAGAAUGUCCAACAUCCCGAAGACACAGAAGGCCGCCGUCGUCGUCUCCGCCGAUGAGCCCAUCCACAUUCGCGACAACCACCCUGUCAGGCAGCCGGAGGAUCUCGCGCCCGGCGAGUGUCUCGUCAAGAUGCACUGCACGGGCGUCUGCCACACCGACCUCCACGCACGCAAGGGCGACUGGCCCCUUCCCCCGAACAGGCCCCUGAUCGGCGGCCAUGAGGGUGUCGGUGAGAUCGUCGCCAUCGGCGCACACACAGCGCGCUCCCCUGUCAAAGUCGGCGAUCGCGUCGGAAUCAAAUGGCUCGCUGACUCGUGCUUGGAGUGCGAGCUGUGCCGCAAGGGUCUCGAGCAGAGCUGUCAGCAAGGCAAACUUAGCGGGUACACUGUCGAUGGCACCUUCUCGCAAUAUGUCGUUUCAUACGUCUCGCACGUCACUCCUAUCCCGGAAGGUCUCGACAGCAACGAAGCCGCUUCCAUUCUCUGCGCCGGCGUCACCACUUACCGUGCCCUUAAGUACAGCCAGACACACAUCGGGGACUGGGUUGUCAUCCCCGGUGCUGGUGGAGGACUUGGCCAUCUUGCCGUCCAAUAUGCCGCAGCAAUGGGCCUCCGAGUCGUCGCCAUCGAUACUGGAAAGGAAAAGAAGGAGCUGUGCUUGAAGCUCGGAGCUGAGAAGUGGAUCGACUUCAGGGAAACCAAGGACCUUGUCAAAGACAUCAAAGAGGCCACAGAUGGUCUUGGACCCCACGCCGCGAUCGUAACUGCUGCAAACAGCUCCGCAUAUGAGCAGGCCGUUGACUAUCUCCGCGAAGGCGGCACGCUCAUGGCUGUUGGCCUCCCAGGGACAGCCAAGCUCAACGCGUCGAUUUUCUUCACUGUUGUCAAAAGCAUCAGCAUCCUCGGGUCCUACGUUGGAAACCGUCAAGACGCCCGCGAGGCCAUCGCCAUCGCCGCCUCAGGCAAAGUCAAGUGCCACUACGUGCUCAAGCCUCUGGACGCGCUGAAAGAUGUCUACGAGGGUAUGGAAGCUGGCACCGUCGUUGGUCGCGUCGUGCUCAGCAUGAACUGAACCAUCCCUCCCCCCUUUCCUUCUCUACUUCACCCCGACUGUUUCAUUGAUUUGUCGUUUACUUUGUUUUGGAGCAAAAAUUGUAUGAUGGGCAUGAGCACGCAUAUACUUACCUUUCAUCAGUAAGAUGUACUAGUCGUUUGUUGUAGCUGGUUAUCUGCCUGGCCAAUGGAUUAGAUUACGCAAGUGUAACACCCUUGGGCUGUCCGAUACG